AUGGUUGACCCAUCCUUAUUUAUUUCUCACACUAAUUCUGGAUCUAUUAUUCUUCUUCUCUAUGUUGAUGACAUACUUCUCACAGGAUCCUCCACCACCCUCGUUUCUAACUUUAUUAAUCUCUUGCAAUCUGAAUUUGCCAUGAAGGACUUGGGGCCUCUUCACCAAUUCCUAGGAAUUGAGAUACUUCCAACAGAUGAUGGCCUUCAUCUAUCUCAACCACAUUAUGCUUUAAUUAUCCUUGAACAAGCUAACAUGGUUGAUUGUAAACCGAUGAGCACACCUCUUGAAUCCAAGACCAAGUUCACAUCAAAUCACACUUUGCUUGAGGAUCCAAGUCACUUCCGUGGGCUUGUUGGAGCUUUACAAUACCUCACUUUUACCCGUCUUGACCUUUCAUACAGUGUUAACUAUGUGUCUCAAUUUAUGCAUGCUCCAACUAUUAUGCAUUUCAAAAUGGUUCGGCGUAUCUUGCGAUAUGUCAAAGUCACUAUUAAUGUAGGUUUACAUUUUACUUCUAACACGACACUUGAUCUUUUUGCCUUUUCAGAUGCAGAUUGGGCAGGUUGUCCUACCACUCGACGUUUUACCACUGGCUACUGUACUUUUCUUGGAGGCAACCUCAUAUCGUGGUGCGCAAAGAAACAACCCACCGUCUCUCGCUCUAGCACCGAAGUUGAAUAUAGGGCUAUGGCUAAUACUGCAGCUGAACUCACAUGGCUGACAUUCCUUUUGAAAGACCUCCGCAUCCCGCUUACUUAUCCUCCCACUCUUUAUUGUGACAAUAUUAGUGCUCUUCAUCUCACCAUCAAUCCUGUCUUUCAUGCCCGAAGCAAAAAUAUUGAACUAGACUAUCAUUUUGUCCGUGAACGAGUUGCUCUUGGUCUUCUUGUCACUCGCCACGUCCCCACCAAUCAUCAAGUUGCAGAUCUCUUUACUAAACCUAUGUCAAAGGCUACACUUAUGCAUUUUUUUCCCAAACUCUGCCUUCAACCUCGGCCUCGUUUGCGGGAGGAUAUUAACAAUAUCAAGCAAGACACAAUCAAUGGGAUUAAAUUGAUAGAUAAAGAGCAAACAAAAUCAGCUAUUAUUAAGGAAACAGAUUGCUACAAAUCAAAAAUAAAUCAGCCGUUAUUCAGGAAAUCUGGUGCAACAAAUCAAUUAUAA